CUAGGUUUGCCGAAUUGGGCAGCGAAACGCAGCUUACAAGAAAAGAAAAACAAAACCCUCUCUCUUCUCUUUCUCUCUCCUCGGGUCUCCAAAUCUUCUCACUUUCUCUCUCUAAAACCUCAGCCUAGCCUGAUCAACCACCAUGGCAGCAACUUCAAGAAGAUCCUCAAGCGGCUGCGGCCCAGUCCUCCGCUCCCCUCUACCCGCCGGAAGGUUCCAAAGCACUCAGUAUUCCUCUUCCUCCGCCUUUGCCUCCUCCACGUCCGGCUUCUCCUCCCGCUCCUCCAGCUUCUUCAACCGCGCCGUCUCCCCCCCGCGCCUCAACGUCGCCACCGCCUCUCCCUCCGCCCAGUCCGUACGUUUCUCCUUCGACCGCCCAACCUCCCCCAGCCGAUCCAUCUCCGUCGCACCGCGCGGCACCGGCAGCCACCACCACCACACCGCCGUCCCCAGCGGCCGGAAUAUCAGUCAGCCGAAGCGAACCUGCAUGUGUUCCCCUACCACGCACCCCGGGUCCUUCCGCUGCAGCCUCCACAAGAACAACUCCCACGUCACCGCCUCCGCACCGUACUCACAGAACCGACUCAACGCGCGCAGAUCCGCCAUGACGAACUCGCUUGUGAGAAUCGGCGGCGUCGAAGGCGAUCUGGUGAGGCGCGCCUUGGCCUCUCUGAUCCGCCCCUCCUCCCACAGCCAGAGGCGAAGAGCUGAUUUCUGUCCCCGGCCCAGCCGGCUCUCCGCCAUGUCCAAGUCCGACUAGGAAUCUGAAAACCCAAUUUUGAAAUUAAAAAAAAAGAGUCGGAUUUGGUGCUUUUGAGCUUUCCUCUGCAAAUUGUUUAGUUUUCCGGCGGCGAGGUAAGGUGGCGCUCGUUGGGUGAUGACGUGUCUGGAUCCGGCGAAACCCGAGUGAUAUGACCGAUUGGUUGACCGAAGUGCUACUACAGCCAGGGGAUUUAUAUUUGAAACCUUAGCCGCUAUGAUUUCCGCUCUGUAUAUAUAAAUACGCAACUUUGUAUCGAUUGGCGCGCCAUUUUGUUGGCGACUCCAAGCUUUCUGGGACCUUAUUAACUUCCUUAUAAGCAUCCAUUUUUAUCGCA